GCGUUGCAUUGUGGGAGAUGCAUGAUUGACACGGGCGCCAUUUUGCUUUCGCUCCCUCUGCUUCCAUUGUGUGAGAGAUAGUAAAUAUCUGACUCUGCCAGAGACAACCUCAACACACUUGUGUCCCUGCGAGAAAAAGCGUACAUUUCACCCUCGGUGAUACUCUGUCGUAAUGGCUCGUACCAAGCAGACUGCUCGUAAGUCCACUGGAGGAAAGGCUCCUCGUAAGCAGCUGGCCACCAAGGCUGCCCGCAAGAGUGCUCCCUCCACCGGUGGUGUCAAGAAGCCCCAUCGUUACAGGCCCGGCACCGUGGCUUUGAGAGAGAUUCGUCGGUACCAGAAGUCCACUGAGCUGCUGAUCCGCAAGCUGCCCUUCCAGCGCCUGGUGAGGGAGAUCGCUCAGGACUUCAAGACCGACCUGCGCUUCCAGAGUGCUGCCAUCGGAGCCCUGCAGGAGGCCAGUGAGGCGUACCUGGUGGGUCUGUUUGAGGACACUAACCUGUGUGCGAUCCAUGCCAAGCGUGUCACCAUCAUGCCCAAAGACAUCCAGCUGGCACGCCGCAUCCGUGGAGAGCGCGCCUAGACGGCCUCCCUGAUGUUUCUCCUCUGUCCCGUUAUAUUUACCAGUCCUUCCCCUCACUCCCUUGUCUCGCCCCACCCACCUCUGCCCAUCCCUGUCACCCUCCCCAGCUUGCCCAGCUUCUCAGUAGACUUUAGAGUAAUCCUGAUUAUGAAGAGAUAGAAAUAUGUUGAAGUCUGGUCUCAUAGAUUUUUUGUCUUCACCAAAUGUUUUUAGGGUACCUUUUUCGUGCAUGUAAAAGGUUUCACAGAUCAGAUGCUGCACAUGUGUGCACAUACUCAAACACGAAUCCCUGGUCCCGGUGGUGCUUCAGUAAAUGAGGCCCAUCGAAGAGCUCACCUGGAUUCAUCCAGAGUGGGAGGUCAGUGGAUGCAGUUUGUGUGACAAACAGAGUGGAAGCAGAGGGACACGGUCAAGGGACUAGUCUGCUUAAGGGGAGCUGCAACUUCCACAGCAGGGUGCUAUUAAAACUAGUCCUGAGGCCACUGCCCCUCUGAAGACCCUCCUCCCCUCCCACCCAGUCCGUCCCUUUGCAUCCCAACUCCCCUGUUGCUCUGCAGCUGCAGCCAGAUGGCUGCUCUGUACCUUUUCAGCCCAGCUCCUCCAUCUCUGUUCUGCUCUGCUCUGCUCUGCUCUGCUCUGCUCUGCUCUGUUCUGCUCUGCUCUGCUCUGCUAUGCUCUGGGAGGGGGUGGACUGCUGGUCUUCUUGUGUGGACGCGUGAGCUCUGAUCUUUCAAACCAGUCGUACUCAACAAACAAGAAUCUCUUGGUUGCUUAAAGAUAUUGAUUAUUGUUGUGGAUAUGGUGUCUAUUUUUUUUACACACAUAAUUCAUGGAGGAGCAUCUCUUCUUUUACCACUUACAAAAUUAUUAAAAUAAGAUGAAAAAAUAAAAUAAACAACAAUGGAUAUUCUCAACAUAUUUUUUUUUCUUUUUACAGUGAUCUGAUUUGCUAUAGAAAAUCAGGAAGGGCUUCUCUGUUUUCCAAGGAAACUUUUAUUCUAAUGGCAGCCACAUGGGGGCGGUGGUGUACCGUCCCCCCACUCUCAAUCCAGUCCUUCAUUAUGCUCGUCUCUCUCUAUCACCACAGAUAGGCAUUAGAUUCGUCACAACAACAAUUGCCAUCAUAUUAAAGUGCACUCUGCAUUUUUAGGGUCUGUGUGUCUCCUGCAAUCUCUGUAGACCUGAGCAUAUAAUCUGUCCCUUUCUCAAAAUUUGUAAUACACAAUAUAACCUCAUAUUUGUUUUCUUUUAUAUUUUUCUUAUUCCUUGAGAUUUUCAGACGUAUAAAUAUGCUGAUCUUUGUAUUUUCCAAAUUUCUCAUAUUAUGGUGGUAAUAAAUAGGUGUUAAAACAA